AUGUCGACCAAGCCAGCCAUCGUCUUCGGGCCCGGUGCAUGGCAUUCGCCCGACUGCUUUCAACUUGUUCGUGAUGAGCUAGAGAAACGUGGGUUUGAGACCGUGGGCGUUACUUACCCGACCGUGGGUGCCGAGCCUCCCACAAAGGGCAUAUCUGAUGAUGCUGCUGCUUUCCGAGGUGCGGUCGAGGAGCUGGUCGCGCAAGGAAAACAAGUUGUGUGUGUCGUUCACUCAUAUGGUGGUUUGGUAGGAGCCAAUGCCGUCAAAGGCUUGGGAUUCCAACAGCGGGCCAAAGAAGGCAAGGCCGGAGGAAUCGUCAUCUUCGUCUACCUGGCGGCCUUCGUUACGCCGCUUGGCUCGAGCAUCUUGAGCAUGCUAGGCGGAAACUGGCUUCCUUGGAUGCGACCCGAGGGCAACUACGUAUAUGCUGAUACACCAGCCGAGAUUUUCUACCACGACGUCCCUGAGGAGAUGCAGAAGAAGGCAGUGGCGGGUCUACCGCACCAAGCUAUCAGAUCAUUCACCGAUCCGGUGGACUACGAGCCGUGGCACGAAAUUGAAUGCAUGUACUUCUUCUGCGAAGGAGACAAGGCAAUCCCAAUCGCCGUCCAAGAGAACAUGGCCAAAAUGCUGCCUGGACAAACUCACUUCCGCACAACGGCAUCUCACUCGCCUUUCCUCUCGCAGGUGGAUGAGACGGUCAAGGGAUUGGAGUUGGCAGCCAAAGUGGGCCAGGAGAAGGCCGGCACCUGA